AGUUGAUUUGGACAUAGACACACGUUCACAGGAACAUAACAUAUUCAUAAUGGAAUUUACGUAGUUUUCUCUGAACAGCUUUUUAUCCUGCUUUCUGUAUUUAGGUGAGUGGUUACACCAUUCAAAGAAGCUUAAAACUAUUAACCCAGGCUCACUGUUGCCGCUAUAUAAGCUAGCUAGCAUUAUUUAUUUAUUGUUCAACUUUAUUUGACAUUGUCCGCAAACGGCAACAGAGGUUAACAUGGACUCACAUUCACUAGGAUAAAGCAUUUGGAGAGAAGGACCAGAACCACUGACAAACAAGAGGACGACAUAAACACAUGUAUGAGAGAGAGACUGAGAAUGAGAGAGAAGGUGCAAUUCACAGAAAGAGAAAUUAGCAAUGACGUCACUAACGUACAAAAUGUCUAACACGUUAAAACUACGGAUUUACUUGAAAGAGCCUUGUUUAACUUUAUUUGUUUGAGGGAAUUUUUGUUUCUUCGCUUUCUUCAACAUUGCUAACUAGCAUUAAUUUGGAACAUCAGACAAAUCUGCGUCAUGGGGUUUAUGGUUCAACUCCACAACUUCCGAUCAGUCUCACACACACGGUGGACACGCUGCGCUCAAAAGCACCAGGGUUGUAGAAGAAAAAUGUGAGAUGAAUUCCAUUAUGCUACACAAGAAAAAAAGAUGUGGAUGAAUUGAGGAGCAAAGCUUCCUCGUAGCCUGGUGGCACAGCAGCAGAUAGGUCAGUGUCUUUCCAGAAAAACAGCAGGAUGGAUGGACUGUAACUGGGAUAUAGGUGUUGUCUUUCAGCAUCCUAAGGCAUCUCACUUCACUGAGCUUAUCGACAUGUGUUAGAUGGGUACCUGUGAUGUUCUGGGCAGUUUAUUCCACAUCUUCAAGGCCUUUAGUUAUAUUAGCUGUGACUCAUUAUUUGCAUCGUGUGUGCAGGAUUGAAUUUACCCACACAGGUCCAUCACAAACAGUUUGUGCUCUCAGGCUGCUAAGCAUCCCUCAGUGGGAUUCUUCCUUUGCUCAAGAUUAGACAAGCAGUGCUCUUAAUUGCGUAUGCAUGUACACUUGAUGGGAACUUUCCAGUGUGCCUCAGCUCAGUGGAAAAACACCCGCACACCACGUUCUGCCCCUGGUUGUGAUCCAUGACAGGGCCAUAACCACAUGCUGCUCGACUGCAAUGUGAGUCUGUGUUCCUGCAUCGGAGAGAUUACCUACCUGCCCACUCUGUCACUUGUACAUCACUGAUAAGUGACGUCACAGCACACUUUGUGUAAUGUUCCUGUUCAAAGAACCAACAGUCUGUCACCGAAUCACCGACUCCUCACUCAACUCACCGAUGUUUAAUCAGUGUUCAUAAAAUGAGCUUAUCUUAUCUUAACACAUAUUAAUGGUACUAACAGCAAUAAUAAUGAGGAAAAAACAAAAUAAAUACAUACAAAAUAAUUAAAAACAUAAAUAAAGCACACAAUAAAGGCUACAGUUGUAAAAACAUUUUUUAAGGCUUUCACAAGGCAACAGAUAUCAAUGAUGAGUAAUAAUGAAAACAACAAUCAUUUCAGCUCGCCAGGAUUUACUGUAUGUUGUCUUUGAUUUGUGUGUUUGAAACUUUUUUUUUUAAAUUCUUUUUCUCACCUGUCAUAGAAAUGUCCAUCACUUUGACCAGGGAGGUAACCCCUCAAAAUGAGAACACACACACACACCAUGGAACAGGCAGGUGGACCAAGAUGGCCAGCAGCAAGAGGCCGGAGUUUCCAUGCAACCUGCUUAAAGAUAAGGAAGUAAAGUGAGCAGGGUGCAACAGGGUGCACUGACUGUUGUUUGCAUAUCCUCUCCUCACCCCACUGACACCCUCCUCCUCCUCCUCCUCUCUCCCCCAUCAUCCUCUGACAGAACCAGAUCCAGUGACACAUGCAGAUGAGGUUUCUCUCCCUGUUAGGAGAUUAUCUGCCAGAAGAGGAUGUAUGAUGAUGGUGCUGUCGCUGCGCUCCUGCACCUGAGUCUCUCUCCUGCGGCCUCGCCUUAACUGCAGGAAAUACACUGAUUUAAUAUGAGCCCUAAUGUACACGUUCGGUCACAACAGGAAAUAAUGUGUUCCUGCUUUGCUUAAGAUUGAUCAUUCGGGGCCUCUUAACAUCAUGCUGUGCCUGGAAACCAUCGUGCGUCAGGUGCUUUGGCUAAUAAUUAAUAGAUUUGGAGAGGCGGCGUGUGGUGGCUUCACAGCUGGCUGACUGCGCUCCACAGACUGCUGUUAAGUCACCCACAUACUCCAGGCAUGGUUAAAUGAAGAUUAGAGCCAAAAAUCUGGACAUCUGAGGCCCGUGCAGACAGGCACCAUGGGUGCUCUGCUCGCCCUUUUCACAUUUCUCACCCUCGCCGCUGCUGCCGCAAAACCCAACGCCGGUCUGAAAACGUGGGGACGCUUCAGCAAACUGCCCUAUCCGGGAGACAAGGCUUUCCUCUACGGAACCUUCCCCAAGGACUUUAUGUGGGCGGUGGGCACAGCGGCGUACCAGGUGGAGGGCGCGUUCGAGAAGGACGGCAAGGGGCUCUCCAUUUGGGACACUUUUACGCGCGGGGGGAACCGGAAGGCUACCGGGGACGUCGGUAGCGACAGCUACCACAACAUCUGCGCCGACAUACGAGCCAUCAGGCAGCUCGGGGUGAGUCACUACAGGUUCUCCCUGUCCUGGUCCAGGAUAUUUCCCAAUGGUACGCGCGGGAGUUACAACGAAAUCGGCACCAACUACUACCGGAACCUGAUCAAGCAGCUGAAGGAGAACCGGGUGCAGCCGGUGGUCACUCUCUACCACUGGGACCUGCCCGACCACCUCCAGCAGAGCCUAGGCGGCUGGAGUAACCCGGAGCUGGUGGGCAUCUUCAGGGACUACGCUGAUUUCUGCUUCCAGACUUUCGGGGAUGAUGUGAAGUUUUGGAUCACCAUUGAUAACCCGUUUGUGGUGGCGCGGCACGGGUACGGCACUGGAGUGGUCGCACCCGGGAUAAAGAACGACCCGGAUCUGCCGUUCCGGGUCGGCCACAAUCUCCUUAAGGCUCAUGCAGCUGCAUGGCACCUCUACAACCGCCACUAUCGAUCCCGUCAGCAGGGCAAGCUGUCCAUGGCUCUGGCCUCUCACUGGAUCAAGCCCAGUCGCACCCGCCUGGAAAGCCUGCGAGAGUGCCAGUGCUCCCUUGACCACGUCCUGGGCUGGUUUGCCCGGCCGCUGUUCAUAGACGGAGACUACCCUCCCUGCAUGAAGGCGAGGCUCGGCCCACGUCUGCCCUCCUUCACCCGGGAGGAGAGGGAGCAGGUGAGGGGGACGGCGGACUUCUUCGCCCUCUCUCAUGGAGCGGGCCUGAGCUUCCAGCUCAUCAACGAGAGCCUGAAGUUUGGGCAGAAGGAGGAUCUGGACCUGAGGAUGCUGCUCUACUGGGUCAACGCUGAGUACAACAAGCCGCCCAUCUUUGUGGUGCAGAGUGGUUGGUACGUCCUUGGAAACACCAAGACAGAAGACCCAAAGCACAUGUACUACCUCAAGAGGUUCAUCGCAGAGGCACUAAAAUCGAUUGUCAUAGACGGAGUGAAUGUAAUUGGAUACACAGCCUGGUCUCUGAUGGACGGCUUUGAGUGGCACAGGGAAUACGGGAUACGACGAGGACUUUACUACGUCAACUUCAACACCCUCGACAUGAAGAGGGAGCCAAAGACAUCUGCCACCUUUUACAGAAACGUCAUCCAGAAGAACGGUUUCCCAGAGCUUCCAGAGAACAGACCGGCACAAGGAAUGUUCCCGUGUGAUUUCGCCUGGGGGGUGUCUGCCAACUCCAUACAGGUGGAGACCACACCCAGCCAGUUUGCGGACCCCAGUGUAUACCUGUGGAAUAUCUCCAACAAUGGAGAGCUGCUGAGGCUUGAGGGCCUCAGUGCACCUCCUUUACGCCGAACUACACAUUGUGCUGAUUACGCUACCAUCAGACAGCAGGUGGAUGAAAUCUGGCAGGUGGGGGUGAGCCACUUCCACUUCUCCCUCAACUGGUCAGCCCUGGUUCCUACAGGUGAUGUGGCUCACCCCAACACCACUCUGCUGGGCUACUACCGCUGCUUCACCCGCCAGCUGCUGCAGGCCAACGUCACGCCUGUCGUCACUCUGUGGCACCACACACACCAGCGCAGCAGCCUGCCGGCCCCGCUGGACUCCAACAACAAGUGGCUUAACAGGGAGACUCCUGAGGCCUUUGCAGAGUACGCCAGACUUUGUUACAGAGAACUGGGUGCCCACGUGAAGAUGUGGAUCACCCUGAAUGAGCCCAACGAUGAGAUGGUGAGCUACCAGGAGGGUCAUCAGAUGCUGCGGGCACACGCUUUGGCCUGGCGCGCUUACGACCGCGAGUUCAGACACACACAGGGUGGACAGGUGUCUCUGGCUUUGCACAUGGAUUGGGUGGAACCAGCGUUUUCAUUCAGCCGCGAAGACGUGGAACCAGCUAAAAGGGUUUUAGACUUCCGCAUUGGCUGGUUUGCAGAGCCAAUCUUCGGCAGUGGGGACUAUCCUCUGGGGAUGAGGAGCUGGCUGCGUCAGCUCAACUCACUUGAUCUGCCAGUGUUCAAUGAGGAAGACAGACUGCUUGUUAAAGGCACAUAUGACUUCUUUGCCAUCAGCCACUUCAGUACCAAGCUGGUGACACAUGCUAAGGAAGACUCUUACACCUACACAGCAAGGCUAGAGGUCCAACACAUGAUUGACACCACGUGGAUCAUGUCCCCGAUGCCUGUCGUCCCCUGGGGCCUGAGGAAAGCCCUUAACUGGGUGAGGGAGCACUACUGUGAUGUACCCGUUUAUGUGAUGGCUAAUGGAGUUGAGGAGGACCCCGCCCGCUUCAAAGACAGCCUGAGAGUGUACUACCUGUACAACUACAUCAAUGAGGCGCUGAAAGCAUACACUCUGGAUGGUGUAAACCUGAAGGGUUACUUCGCUUACGCCCUCAGCGACCAAAGGGACCCGGGGUUCGGCUUGUACGGCCACGUCCACGAGGAGAUGAUUGUCAAGGCCUCUCUAUCCAACUAUCGUAACAUCAUCCAGCACAACGGCUUCCCCAUUCAGGGCUCUGCGCCCCAGCAGUGUCCCAGCAUGCCUCAGCCCUGCCUGGGCUGCCAUAUGCUGGUCAAAUGGCCUGUGGUGGGCUUCCUGACUCUGGUAGGUUCAGGGGUGCUGAUCACACUGGGCCUCAUCAUCUACUACACAGCCAAGAGACAUAAGGAGUGUUACUGAUGAUUGUGAGGAUUUGUUUUGACUUUUUAGAAGUGAGUUGAGGGAAAAAUAGAGCUUAUUGUUCAUAAGCGUAAGCAGUUUAGUCCUGGUUCCACUUAACAGCAACUUUAAAUUACAGUUCUUUUACAUUAUAGGCCUUUACAUUAAAAUAAUAAUGAAAGUGGCUCAUUCAUCUUCACAUUUGUGGUGAUAAAACUCACAUUUACAUUUAGGGCAUUUAGCAGAGGCUUUUGUCCAAAGCAACUUACAGUAGGUACAUUUGUCACAAGUUAUGUAAAUGUUAUGUAAAAUUGUGAAUGUGGCACAUACCUGCUUAGCAGGUGAUAAACCCAGAAAUAUGGUCUUUGUUAGAUUUCUAAAUGUUUUUAAGACUUGAAUGCAUCUCAUUGUUUUUGGGACAUGAAAUGGAAUGACUACUAUAGUGUAGCAAUUUUUGAUGACUACAUUUCAAGGCUAUACUCUUCUUCCAUUUAAGACUAAAUGAGAUAAAUACUACAAUGAGUGGACUGUGAGGUACUUUAAUCACUAAGGUCGCUCCACAGGCAAUUUACAUUUUAAGUUUACUGUAGGUGAAUGAUUCAAGAGGUCCGGCAGUCAACAAACUAGUUUUGAAACCAAUGACACACCGGACUAAAGUGACUAAUUCCACUCUGAUGUCACAUAAACAAUUAACAUUAACAAACAUUUAAUUGUAGAAACUUAACCCGACAAAAAGUGUACAUUAUCAGUUCUGGAUGAUGGUGCAUAAUCCACAAAUGGCCUUUUCAUGCUAAGUUCAUGCUGCCUGGAAGGUGAAAGGUCAUCCAAAUGGGUUCCAUUUUUUGAGGCCUCUUGCACUCCAACAAACUGGCAAGGUUGUGUCCUAUAAAGAAUGCAAAAGUUCUCCAGAUAAGGAAAACCUCUGUAUAGUAAGUUUAACAGCUGCAAUCUGCUGUUAUUGCCUGAGAGUAAAACACCAUCUUAGGCUUGCCUCAGUUAGGGCUGUGCAUUAUUGGAAAAGACAGUGUUAGCAAUAUUUUGGUUUUCUGUGAUACAGGAAUUAUACCUGGGUUAUAUAGUCAAAAUGUAGUCUGCAACCAUUUUUUGUCUCAUUUGUGUUGCAUUAAAAAAAGAAAUCAGCUACC